AUGUCUUCCUCACUCUAUCAGCCAAGGCCGGUCCUGUCGUCGCAGAGAUACUCACAGUCUCCGGAUUACGUCGACUCUCGACGCAACAGCAUCCACGGGCCCCCGAGACCACCGUUGCGAGAAUCGACUGGCAACGUCCAGGCACACAACUUCAAUGGUAUCGUGUCGUGCUACCAGAGCCCAGCGGCGCUGUCCCCGUCGAUGACGACCAACAUCCCCCCCCCGAUGGUGCCUUCACAAUCGUACGACUGCCUGUACAGGGUGCCGACUCCUCGACAGCAACCGCGCUACCAGCAGCAGCGGAAGGCCCGAAACUCGAUCAACCCGCUCUACUGGUGGCCCGCCUUCCGCCAGUACCGCAACAGGCAGGCGCACAAGGACACGCAAAAGGACAAGGGAGGUGUCUGGCGCCGGCCGGAGCUCGAGGAUGCCUUCGUCGACUCCGUCCUCCUCAUGCCUCACAUGGGCCGCCGCAAGUUCUCCAUGGGCGGGAAGCUCCACGGACGCAACAUGCUCAUCAGCGAGUACAUCUUCGUCAUCUGCGUCGCCGUGCUCGGCAGCAAGGAGAUUUUCCGCAUCGACAACAGCAACGAGAGCAUAGAGCAGAUGGGUCGGAAGCAGGUGUCGAGCCACAUGCAGGUCGUCAAGAAGUUCUUUGAGGACCUCCGGUGCUUUCACUUUUUGUUUCCCUCGGAGGAGAAGAAGGAGCCGGGCUCGACCAACUCGGACGACUACUACGACGAGGAGGAGCAGGAGUCCUUCAAGUCCAACCCGGUGCUGACGGCCUUGGCCGAGGGCCGGGUGCCGGACGUCAAGCCCAACUACGAGUACUUUUCCCAGCUGCUGGCGCUGCAGUCGGCGAUAUGCGUCCGGCCCAAGACGUGCGAGGUGUUCGUCUCGUCGUCGGACAUCAAGAUCCGAGACGACGUCGCCUACGACGCCCACAACACGCCGCUGGACCAGGCCUCGUUCCCGCACCUGAACAAGUACCGGAACUGCGACGACAGCCCCAACGUGCUCGGGAAGGACGUGCUGCUGCACGAGUACACGCGGUCCCUCGACCGGACGACGUCGGCGUGCGUCAAGACGGUGACGCGUCGCUGGCAAAAGGACGCGCCGGCCAUGUACGAGACGCUCGACCUGCCCUCGCGGGACGAGGACUGCCUCCUGCUGGAGAUGUGCGCGACGAUCGAGCUGCACGAGCACGCCAAGUUCCCGUCGGGCUCGGAGCUCACCGGCUUCGUCGAGGUCAGCGUCGGCGGCCAGCCCGGGCUGCAAGGGCUGCAGAACCACCGGUGGAAGUGCAUCACGCGCCUGACGCGGCCGGCGGAGCUGCACAGCGACGAGGGGAAACAGGGGGUGUACACGAACGACAGCGGCAUCCACAGGCGCGGCUGCAACGACUCGAAGAGCGACUGCGACUGCCACGGCCGGCCGCGGACCGACAUUCACGUUCCCUUCCCCGCCGUCGAGUGGGCGAGCAUCCUCAGCAUGGCGGUCCAGUACCCCGACGUGGAGCACCAGCGGAUGAAGGAGAAGCGUCGGCGGACGGCCGACGGCGACAAGAAGGAGCUCGAGCGCGCCGGCAGCAAGCGGAAGCGGUCGGAGGACGAGGGCGACGCCGCCUUCUGGACGCGGCGGGAGCCGACGGGAAGCGACCUCAUCUGCAAGGUGGCCAUGUACCAGGAGCUCUGGUCGUGCGCGCCCGACUCGACGCAGUGGACGCGGCAGGCCAUCAUCUUCUGGCGCUUCAACACGACGAACCAGUGGCACAAGUACAACCCCGUCUUCAAGCCGGCGGGCACGACGUGGCGGUGGCUGACCAUCAACGAUCCCAUGUCGCGCUACCACCAGCAGAAGGCGCUGGUGCACCCGUCGACGGGCGUUUCGAGGGACGCGCUGAUGUCGCCGACGCCGUCCAUCGGCCAGCACCUGACGGCGACGAUGAACGAAACGUUCAACUCGGCCUGGGAGGGCAACGGCAACCACCACAUGCCGAGCGUGCCGCCGCUGCAGACGUCGGGCUCGAGCCUCAGCCUGUUCGACUCCUUCUCGGGCGGCCUCGCGACGCCGCCGCCGACGGCGACGCUGCCCGGCGGCUACCCCGCGAGCGGGAACUUUGAGCCGAGCAUGGGGCCGAAUUCGGGCGUCAACUUUCUCCCCACGCCGGCGGCCGGCGCGACGAACGAGCGGCCGGCUCCGGCGUUGGGCAACGGCGGCCAGCCCUACUACGACGGACAGCCGUCCUUUGGCGACGUCAAGCCCAUCUCGACGGCGGUCGGUCCGUACAUGCCGACGGCGUCGUCGCUCGAGAUGCCGAACCAGAUGGUCUACGACAACUCGCCGUGCGACACGAACAACAUGCCCGGCUGGGACAUGUCGGCGCUCGACGGCUGGACGGGGAACACGCCGGCGGCGCCGCCGAGCGCGACGUCGGAAUGGGGGCCGACGCCGUCGAAGAUGGAGCCGCAGGGCGAGCAGCACAGCACCAUGUGGGCGCCGCCCCAGUGGCCGUUGUCGGCUGGCGCAGCGCCUGGAUCGCACGAGCGGGGAGGGAGCCCGCGACCGACGAAGAGGCGGAGGGAUGCCAUCGACAGCCACGUGCCGGUUACGGCUGCAUGGUAG